UUUUUAUUUUUCCCCGUAAAAAAAGUGAAAAGAUAGCGAUAACGGAAACCCUAAUCCCCAAAUCAGAAAUCUAUCCGAAUCGCUAUUUAUGUUUGUGGCUUUCUCCCCCCUCCGAUCCGAUGUCCCCCGCUUCGUCCGCCGCGCCGAUCCGACCUCCAGCCGCCGCGUUCUCUCCGCCGGGGACGCUCUCUCCGACGCCGCCGGCUCCGCGCCAUGAGGAAGAAGCUCGACACCCGCUUCCCCGCGCCUCGGAUUAAGAAGAUCAUGCAAGCAGAUGAAGAUGUCGGCAAGAUUGCUCUAGCAGUACCUGUUCUAGUUUCCAAAGCGUUGGAGCUAUUUUUGCAAGACUUAUGUGAUAGGACAUAUAAUAUCACUGUUGAAAAAGGGGUCAAAACAGUGAGUUCAUCACAUCUGAAACAGUGCAUUCAUAGUUACGAUGUGUAUGAUUUUUUGAAGAACGUAGCCAGCAAAGUUCCAGAUUUGGGUGCACCUGAUUCUAGUGUUGAUGAUAAACUUGGCAAAAGAAGGAAACAUGGUGAAGAUGAAAGCGAGGAGGAAUCGAAGCGGACAAGAAAUGAGGCAGCAUGCCACACAAGCAACGGCAGAGGGCGCGGGAGGGGACGUGGGAGAGGUCGCCGUGCUGGGCGUGGAGCUGAGAGGGAGAUUGAACACCAUGAAUUAGGUUGUGCCCAAUUUAGCAAACCAGGCCACCUGAAGGUAGAGAUUGGAGACGUUGUUCUGGACACAAGUGAAACCAAAGAGCAUACCCCUUUGAGCAAUGCCAGGGCCUCCUUAAGGAACAUUGACUUGAACUUAGAUCUUGCUGACUACGAGGAGGAUACGCCGCAAGUCCAGCCUUCGGCUCCUUCAGCUCCUGUGGUGACCGUGGCACCGCAAGUCCAGACUUCAGGACCGUCGGUUUCACAGUUGAAAGAAGAAGUGGAGACCAAGGAUUUCCUGGGCUGGCAAAUGCCUGAGAUGAACAAGAUGGCCAUGGACCCGGUGCAGUUUGCGCUGUCGUCAAACCAUAGAUUAGAGGAGGACGAAGACUAUGACAAUGAAGAAUGACGUGACUCUAGCGUGGAUUUAGUUUGAGAAGCUGAUAGGUAGACAUGACAUGAUGUACAUCCUAGCAGGCCCAGCUUGACAAUGUAGUAGCAAUUCUCUUGUAGUAUGUGUACCCGCAGAUGCUGCAGAAGUGAUUUAGGAUGUGACAUAUGUUGAUUGCUCAAUAGCCAGUAGUAGCUAGUAUUUUGUGUAGCAACUAUAUAGUGUAGCAACUAUAUAACUAGACAGGUUCGCCGGUUGUAAAUCAUGGUUGCUUUUAGAUCAAAUGCUAUGUCAUAAUGCUUAUGUUAGCUCU